GGAAAAUUCGACCCCGCCAUUCAAGAAAAAAGUUAAUGGCAGCCAAGAUGGCAACGGAUUAGACUUGAAUCGUAGACAACCGCAAGUUGAUCCCCUUCAAGCUUCUUGAUCAAUUGUUUAGGCCACUGUAUUCCGGGGGGCCCAUUCAACCGUCAAACUGUUCUCCCUACGCGCAAUCCGUAGCGCAUCCUCGCUCCGUUCCGUCUCCCCAUCCCGCCGCUUGCCCUUUCCCACCGCCACAUUAGCCACAAUGGCCUCCAUCACCAAGCAGACCUACACUCCGGCCGAGGAGGCCGAGAUCGCCCAGUGGAAGACCACGGCAGAGCGCCUGGCUCAGAGCCCUAGCGACGCAUCCAUCCUCGACGCUCUCAACACCCACCUCUCGUCCCGCACCACCGUCCUCGGCGCUAAGCCCAGCUUCGCCGAUGUCGAGCUGUACAAGGCCCUUGCCCCUGCCGUCAAGGCCUGGACCCCCGAGCAGCGUACCGGCAAGGAAGGCAGGCCGCACAUUGUCCGCCACCUCGACUUUGUGCAGAACGCCAACGGAGUCUUUGGCCUUGAUGUGGCCGACGCCGAGAAGGUCGCAGUUGACGCCGAGGAGGUGCUCUAUGUCAAGCCGCCCGUCGACGCCAAGGCCGAGAAGGAGAAGUUGAAGAAGGAGAAGGCCGCCGCUGCUGCUGCCGCCGGUGGUAGCGGAGACCAAAAGACCCUCGUCGACCGCACCAAGGACGCCGCCGCCAAGGCCGGUGAGAAGGUCGCCGAGGCCAAGGACAAGGUGGCCGCGGCCGUCUCCGGAGACGCUCCCCAGCAAAAGAAGAAGGAGAAGAAGGAGAAGGCGCCUAAGCAGCAGAAGGCACCUGCCGUUACCGCCCCGCCGAGCCCUGGCCUGAUCGAUCUCCGUGUCGGUCACAUUCUCAAGGCCAUCAAGCACCCCGAGGCUGACAGCCUGUACGUGUCGACGAUCGCCAUGGGUGACCCGGCCGGCACUCCGGACACGGAGGAGUACGAGGGCCAAGUGGUGCGCACCGUCUGCUCAGGACUGAACGGGCUGGUCCCGCUCGAGGAGAUGCAAGGCCGCAAGGUCGUUGUGGUUUGCAACCUGAAGCCUGUCAAGAUGCGUGGUGUCAAGUCUUGCGCCAUGGUGUUGGCCGCGUCGCCGCGACUGAAGGAGGGUGAGGCAGAUGACCACAAGGGGCCUGUUGAGCUGGUCGCCCCGCCUGCUGACGCCCCUGCCGGAGCACGCGUCUUCUUUGACGGGUGGAAGGCUGAGCCCGAGAAGCAGCUCAACCCCAAGAAGAAGAUCUGGGAGAUGUUCCAGCCCGGAUUCACCACUACUGAUGAUUUGGAAGUUGGAUUCGACGCCGGCGUGGUCGCUGAUUUGGGCAAACAAGGUCUGGGUAAGCUGGUUACUGAAGAUGGAAAGGUUUGCACGGUCAAAUCGCUCAAGGGUGCUACCGUCCGAUAAACAGCAAAAAUGUAAACAUAGAAAAAUGGAGCAGGCAACGGCAUAUGUAUCCAUACUAACUGUCUCGUUGCAAUCAAUGAAUAUUGCAAUCUCCCUUUUGUGGCAUGAAAACCUGCCCAAGUCAAUCGAAUGACUAGCUCUAGCACCACACUGAUAAUACUCCUUGCGGACGUCUCCAUAGAUACGUCACAGGCGGCUUAAUGUUACCCUAUUUCUUUUUGGGCGUCCUUAUUUCGCAGCUAAAUUAUGUCGGGGGCUGGCUAUCCAGGCACCAAUACAUCGACC